UACCCGCAUAGCCUUCUUUCCGUGUUGACAUUUAUUCCACUUCUCUAUGAACAAUUAAAGGGCGAUUAAUAAAAAAUGACGGCAACUAUUCACAAAUUUCACCAAAUCACUCAGUAACAGAUCGUUGAUUCCACGAGUGUGUUUGCGUGCUGCUGACGCUAGCGUGGAAGCUAAUGUCAACAAAGAUCAGCUAACUUAACCGCGUGUCGGAACUGUAGAUGUGACCUGUAAGUAUAAACUAACCAACCACCGCCAUCGUCUGCGAACACAGGAGCUGCCACGAUGCGGAUUUUAAGGUUUCUGAGGAGCAGCGUGUCCAUAGGAAAGGACAUUGACUAUUACUCCAAAUUCUCGCCCUCUCCUCUGUCAAUGAAGCAGUUUCUGGAUUUCGGCUCAGAAAAUGCUUGUGAGAAAACCUCGUUCACCUUCCUCAGACAGGAGUUGCCCGUGAGGUUGGCAAACAUCAUGAAAGAGAUCAACUUGUUGCCGGACAACUUACUGAGGACUCCAUCGGUGCGAUUGGUCCAGGGCUGGUACAUGCAAAGUCUUCAAGAGAUUCUUGAGUUCAAGGACAAGAAUGCAGGUGAUGAGAAAGUCACAUAUGAGUUCACAGAUGCGGUGAUAAAGAUCAGAGAUCGGCACAAUGAUGUAAUCCCCACCAUGGCUCAGGGAGUCGUGGAGUACAAGGAGAACCACGGCACGGACCCCGUCGUCAGCCAAAAUGUUCAGUAUUUUCUGGAUCGGUUCUACAUGAGCAGGAUAUCCAUCAGGAUGUUGCUCAACCAGCACACGCUCCUCUUUGGUGGGAAGGUGAAGGUGAACCCAGCUCAUCCCAAACAGAUCGGCAGUAUUGAUCCAAACUGUCGUGUCAGCGAGAUCAUCAGAGACGCCUAUGACAAUGCACGAAACCUUUGUGACCGGUACUACGUGAACUCUCCGGAGCUGAUACUGGAGGAAUUCAAAGUCAACCCCAUCACUGUGGUCUAUGUUCCAUCUCAUUUGUACCACAUGGUCUUUGAACUUUUUAAGAACGCCAUGCGGGCCACCAUGGAGCUGUACGGCGACGCCAUGGAGUACCCUCCUAUCCACGCGCAGGUCGCUCUGGGAACUGAAGAUCUGACGGUCAAGGUGAGUGAUCGCGGAGGAGGCGUGCCGCUGCGCAAGAUCGACAGGUUGUUCACCUACACGUACUCCACGGCUCCUCGACCCAGCAUCGACGGGGCCCGAGCUGCUCCUCUGGCUGGUUACGGGCACGGCCUGCCCAUCUCUCGACUGUACGCCCGCUACUUUCAAGGGGACCUGAAGCUGUACUCUCUGGAGGGCUAUGGAACCGAUGCUGUGAUCUACAUCCGGGCGCUCUCCACGGAGUCCAUUGAGAGGCUCCCCGUGUACAACAAGUCGGCCUGGAAACACUACAAGACGAUCCACGAGGCCGACGACUGGUGCGUCCCCAGCAAAGAGCCGAAGGACAUGACGACAUUUCGCAGUUUCUAGAUCCAACAGGCUGCGGUCCUGCAGCAACAUAUGCAAGAGAGGUGGUGGUGUGCCAAAUUCCUCAUAGGUCAAUAGUUUUAUUGUGAAGAAAAACAUGUUUCCUUCUCACUCCUACUGGUACCAUGAAUAGUGAUGACUCUGGAAAGCCACAUUGAUGGCUUAUUAAGUCUAACUAAUGCUGGAACUUUCAGGCUGAUAACAUUGACCGUGUAACAUAACCCUCAGAUUAUCAUGGAUGAGCUGGCGUAUGCUGGACAAACAAUAACGUAAUCGUUUCAGCUGAUUAAAUCAGUUGAAAGGUCAUUUUUCGAUGCUUUGAGAACAAACUAAAUUCCAUUUAACGACGCUUCGUCAUCUGAAAACGUCACCGACUGAAACUAUCAGCGUGGUUAAGGUUUGAACCGUUUGCUCUGCUGCUUUACAGCAUUUCCUUCAACGCGUAGCUGCUUUCAUUUAGCUGAAAGCUAAAAAGCUUUAACUGUUAGUCCGUCUGUGAGAGGAGCUCGUUCAGCUCAGCUCCUCUGCUUCGUGGGAAGUUGGAAACUUGUUAGAUAACUAGUUGCUGCUUGUUUUUUUUAAUCCGUUGGAAGUUUCUGCUGAUGAGUCGAAGUGGUUAAAAAGUGGCUAUUCAUCAGUUGGAUGCAACGUGAUCAAAAUGAUUUUUUUUGUCUGUAAACAGAUUUUGCACCUAUUUACAAGUAAAGGGGAUUAUUAUAAUUCAACAUUGCUGACGCACAAACUUCUAAGCUAUGUUGUAUUGGGUUUGCAACUUUUAAGAGAAACAUGGUUGAAUUACUGUGGUUGUAUUAUUAAGACCCAUCCUGUCAAACAAGCUACACAACAUUGUCCGUGUUACUCUGAAGCAGUUAAUCUGUAUGGAUCAUGUUCAGUGAAAAAUAAAUAUCUCCACACAGA